AUGUUCGCGGCGGCGCGCGCGCGUCUCGCGGGCGAACCGGCGCGCGAGGGCGCGGCGAAGCGCGCGCGCGGCGCGCGGCGCGGCGAUAACCGACAUCGCGACCGCUGGGCGGCGUCGCUUCGCCGAGGCCCGCGAGGCGCGCUCGAGGACCCGCCGGGGACGCUUCGCGACGUGUGCGUGAUAUUCUGCUCGCCCAAGACGGCGUCGAACGUCGGGGCGAUGGCGAGGGCGUGCGCGGCGUUCGAGUGCUGCGAUUUUCGCGUGGCGACGCCGCUGUGCGACGUCGAGUGCCGCGCGUGCGUGAACGCGGCGAAGGGGGCGCAGUGGUUGGUGCCGCGCGCGGCGGACGCGCACGCGAGCCUGGAGGACGCGCUGCGCGGGACGGUGGGAACGGUGGUCGGAUUUCAUCCGUGGAGGCUCGACGACGCGGAGGCGGAGGCGUCGCGCGCGCGAUUCGACGAUUUGGCGGCGCUGACGGCGGCGUAUCCGGGAGGAGGCGAAGACGGAGGGAAAUUGGCGUUGGUGUUCGGGAACGAGGCGGAUGGGUUGUCGGAGCGAGAGCUGGCGCUGUGCGACGCGCUGUGCAGCAUACCGAUGGGACGCUUGAUCGAGUCGUUGAGCGUCACGCACGCGGCGGUGAUCGCGUUGUCGCGAUUUUUCGAGGCGCGAGAGGCGAGCGCGGAGGCGCGUCGGCGGUUCUAA